CCUCAUCGUGUACUUGAUCUGCUUUUGCUGCUGCAAGAGGGACCAGGACCCCGAGACCAAGCGGCCCCACUCGUGUUGUGUCACCUGGAUGGCCGUCACCGCCGGGCUCAUCUGCUGCGCGGCCGUCGGUGUCGGCUUCUAUGGGAACAGCGAGACCAACGACGGCGUUUUCCAGCUGCUCUAUGCCCUGGACCACGCCAACCAGACCCUGACUGGCAUCGACUCCCUGGUUGCCAGCACCACGCUGCAGAUGCAGGGAGAGCUGGAGCAGCACCUGGCCCGGCUGAACGAGCUCCUGGCCUCGCGGGGGGAUUACGUGCAGACCCUCAAGUUCACCCAGCAGCUGGCCAGCAGCAUUGCCCUGCAGCUCCAGGGGCUGCCAGCCUGGCGGGGUGUCAGUGCUGAGCUCACCGAGCUGUCGGGACAGGUCGCCUAUGUCGAGUAUUACCGGUGGUUGGCUUACCUGCUCUUCUUCAUCCUCGUCCUCACCGUCUGCCUGCUGGCCUGCCUGGGGCUGGCCAAGCACUCCCGCUGCCUCCUGGUCAUGGUGCUGUGCUGUGGGCUGCUCAUGCUGGUCCUCAGCUGGGCCUCCAUGGCCGUGGACACGGCGGCCGCGGUGGGCACCAGCGACUUCUGCGUGGCCCCAGACAAGUUCAUCAUGAACCAGACAGAUGAUGAGAUCAGCACAGAGGUGGUUCAUUAUUACCUGUACUGUGACCAGAGCCUGAGCAGCCCCUUCCAGCAGGCUCUCACCGUGUUCCAGCGCUCGCUGACCACCAUGCAGAUCCAGAUCCAGGGGCUCAUCCAGUAUGCACUGCCCCUCUUCCCAACAGCUGAGAAAGACCUGCUGGGCGUCCAGCAGCUCCUCAACUCCUCAGAGACCAGCCUGCACCAGCUCACAGCCCUGCUGGACUGCCGGGGGCUGCACAAGGAUUACCUGGACGGCCUCAUUGGCAUCUGCUACGACGGCGUGGAGGGGCUGCUCUACCUGGGGCUCUUCUCCCUGCUGGCGGCCGCCGCCUUCUCCACCGUGAUCUGCGCUGCCCCCCGCGCCUGGAAGCAGCUGGCAGGGCGGGACCGGGACUACGACGACAUGGACGAGGAGGAUCCCUUCAACCCGCAGGCGCGGCGCAUCGCCGCUCACCGCCCGGCGCGGGGGCAGCUGCGCAGCUUCUGCAGCUACAGCAGCAGCCUGGGCAGCCAGAGCAGCCUGCACCCCCCGGCGCAGACCGUGUCCAACGCCCCCGUCUCCGAGUACAUGAACCAGGCUGUGCUCUUCGGAGGGAACCCCCGCUACGAGAACGUGCCCCUCAUCGGCAGAGGCUCUCCUCCCCCCACGUACUCCCCGAGUAUGAGAGCCACGUACCUGGCGGUCACCGAUGAGCACGUCCGGAGCCGCGGCGACUUCCCGGCUUAGGAGGAGAUUGCGCUGGGAAAACCAAAGAGCCUGGAGAGAGAACACGCAGUGGGGGCUGCAGCAGGGGCUGGAGGACGAGCCUGGAGCCCCCCAGCACCCCACUCCCCUCGGCAG